CUGACAAACGACAAGCAAAGCAGGAAAUGUACCGAGGAACAACAGACAGCACAUUUUAUUCACUCAAAAGACAACAAUGCAGCGUUUGUAUAACGGAAUACAUCAUUUAUUAAGACUGUGGGUGGUAUGUGUGUCUCUUUUCAUAAAUCAUGGAUUCGCUGGUAAAAUGAAGAUAGUCGAGGAGCCCAACACAUUUGGGUUGAACAAUCCUCUUCUGGCUCAGGGAAGCAGACUACAGCCUAAAGUGACCCCAUCUCCAGUGGCUGGCCCUGCACAUUUUCAUCAGCUUGCUGGGAAGUGCUUCAGUCUCACAGAGUCAACGUAUAAAUAUGAAUUCUGUCCAUUUCACAACAUCACCCAACAUGAACAGUCAUUUAGAUGGAAUGCCUACAGUGGGAUACUGGGGAUCUGGCAGGAGUGGGAAAUGGCAAACAACACUUUCACAGGCAUGUGGAUGAGAGACGGGGAUGCUUGUGGAACGAGAAACAGGGAAACAAAGGUGAUUUUUGUCUGUAGUGCGAGCAGCAAGCUUGCUCAAGUCUCCGAGCCAAGUACUUGUGUGUACUCGCUAAGCUUUGAGACCCCACUUGUUUGCCAUCCACAUUCGCUUUUAGUUUACCCGACAUUGAAUGAGAAGCUCCAAAAGGAAUGGGACGAAGCUGAGCAGGCUCGCUAUGAAGGUCUUAUUACUGAGCAGGUAAAGACCAGUUCAGCAUGCAAAGGCUUGCCUAAAGGUUUCUUAGUGAUUCAAACGGACAUGUGUGCCAUUUUAAUUUCAGAGCUCAGCCCGUUGUUCAGCAUUUCUCUAAUGGUCUUGCCACUAACACACAAUGCACGUUUGCUGCAGGGAUACAAUAAUCUUUUGAAGGAUGUUUUUGAGGACGCUGGUCUCCUGAAGAGCCAUAAAGUGAAAAAGCAGCCAGAAGUGACAGCUGAUUCAGGAACACACAACUCUUUACAGAAAUGUACAGAGGAUUUCCAAAAACAGAGAGAAGAGAUUGAGAGACUGCGCGCUCUCCUCACUCAACACAAUAUUCCUGUUGAUUCUAAGCAAAAUGAAGCGAAAGGAACAAUGGUUUCAACCGUUAAUAAUCAACACCUACGGGGAGAUAAUGGUCUUAUUGAUCUGCAGUGAAAAAUCUCCCAAAGCAAGUCAACUCUCCAUUUAAAAGCACCCGAGUGGAUUUAAAGAUUUUGUUGAACACUCGCUGGACAAUAUCAAAUAGCAACAGUAUUACAGGUUAAUUUAAACAAGGGACACUGAGGAAAAUGGAACUCUUGGAUUACAAACGUGAGACUUCUGUAGAUUAUUAUUAUUAUUUUUCUUUUGGGAGUAAGGACACUAAUCUCCCUUUUUUGUGUGUAUCAAACUCUGUCAACAUGCAACAUAUUGAAAAGUACAUUUUUUGUUUGUUUUGAGAACAGUUUAACAUAUUCAUGCCUCAUUAGGUUUACAAACUUCACAAGAGAAAAUAGAGUCCCUAAAAACUAUUGUUGGUGAAGAUGUGUACUCUGUACUGUAUUUGGUUGGUGCAUUGUAUGUCUUGCACUGGGUAGGUAGGAUACACCAUCACACUGUUUAUCAUGCUGAUGCCUGGAGUGGAUGAAGUUAUUCUGAUCAGUGACUUUACAGAUUAUGGGCGUUGACAUGCACAAACAUGUUUUGACUACACACAUUCCUGAAACUUUUUACUCCAACUGUCUUUCAGCUUUCUGUUGCAUCUGUGGGGGAUUUGCAUCUCUGCUCAUCAGUCCAUAGUGGUUAAACUGGAAUUAUUUACAUUUGGAGGUAGAAAAAGUAGCUACUGUGUAACUUGGAAUAAAAAAAAUUACUUGUAACAUAUUAUAUAAAAAAUAUUCUGAUGACUACAGGCAACAAUCCAAUACACACGCGAAAUAGAGAAGAGAAAGUAACCUAGACACAUCACUUUUUUUUAAUUUGAUCAGAAAGCAUCCAUUCCCUAAAGGGCCAGUUCAAAAGCUACAUAUAAAACAACAUGUUUAAUAUUAUCUGGGGACCAGGGUGAUCAUUCAGUCCACUGACCAGAAAACAUGUUUCAGUCUUUUUCUAGCGGACUUCAUGUCUUUGUUAGAUGGUAGUGGGUUCAGGAGAGCAACUGGAUGACUUCUCUGGCUCGGUGCGCCCUCUGCUGUAAAUCUCCGUCUUCUGGUGCUUGUCCUGACUCUUCCACCAGGGCUAAGGCCUUCUUGACUGUGGUGUCUUUGGCACCCCCUUGAAGCCCUUCCAUGUACUGGAGCAGUACGGAGAACUUCUCAUCUGGAAUCUGAGAGCAAGUAUUUGAUUUGAUCAGGUGGCUUGAAUCCUGUUGUCUGUCUACAAGUUUCCAUUACAUAUUAAAGUGCAUACGUAAAUAAAAAGUAGUAAUAAAUAAGUUAGUAUAUUGUUCUUCUAAAACAAUGUCAUUCUAAAAAGGGAGCACAAGAGUAUCUUUAAAAUGUAUUUUCUGGGUUACAUUUUUUUUACUUUACUGAAAUACAUUUUUCGUAGAUUAAACUUUCUGUUCUCCAAAAAGUGGCAACCAUGCCAUAUUCACAUAAUGCAAAUAAAGACCACAAUGGCAUUCUUAAAAACAUGUCGUUAUACGUUAUGAAGGGAGGUGUACCUCACAAUCAAACAGGAAGACAUCGCUCCGAGUUCAAGACUUCCCUCUAAACCUCAGCUGUGUAAAAUCCCCCAUAAUGGUCACACUGGUUCAUUUUACCUGUGCAAAGUCAAACAUGUGCUGCAGUAACCACGUCUGCCUGGUCUUCUGGAACUUCCACUCUGUGCGUCUUUUAGCCCAGCUGCAACGACAAAACCACUGCAAGUUGAAUUACAAGAAAGGUGUUGAUUUUUGAUACGUUGUUUGUGUUAAUAUACUUGGUUGCUUUAUAGCAUAUACUGUAUUUCUUUCCUACCACAUACAUAACAAGCUUCAGGACCCUGACAUUAGAUCUCCAGAGAUCUAAUGUUGCACUUUCGUAACACAAGAGACAGAUUUGAAAAGAAGAGUGAAAGCAGUUGAGGCCGAGAGCUUUAGUCACUAAUAUGGGUCAAUCUCAAAACCACUGGAUCAUACACUUCCCACAAUGCAACUUUGCAUCUUUCCUACCCAUGUGGUAAACACAACCAUCUUUCGAAGUCAAUGCCCCAAGUUUGCAACAAAGGUUUUGACGAGGGGAUGUCAUUGGGGUUAUAUUUCUCAGACUUAAAAAUAAAUAAAUAAUAAAACAUUUUUACUCUUUAUGACUAGUAUACUGAACUUUAGGCGUAAAGCCUGUGGCAUUUACCAUAACAAAUAUAAUUAAACCUCAACAGUUACCAAACAGUUUAGGAAACACCCCUCCAGCACAUUCUCAACACGAGUAACCAACAUAACCAAAAUGCCAUAUGUUUUGGGGGCUGUACUGAAUUGCAUUACAUAAUUUAGGUUUCCCCAAUUAUGUGCAUUUUUUUCUAUGACAUUUUAAUCAGUCAGCCCUGGACAACAGGUUUAAAACGUUUUGUGAACCAUUUGUGGUAUUAUUCUGGAUUCUUAUCAUGAUGGAAAAGUAAAUGUAAAUAUGUAUGUGCAUAGUUUGUAAACCAUCAACUCCUUGCUAUCUGGUUAAGUGCCUAGUGGACAGACAAUUGGGUACUUUGGACCUAUGGUUUAAGAAGUGAUGACAUCAUACACAGGAGGCCAACAUGUGGAUGCACCUCUUCUGUACUAACGAAGAGUGUCUCUUACCAGGUGAGGUAAUCUAAGGCCUGCUGAGGUGCAAUGGGUCCAGAUACUUCAGAUUUCUCUACGGUUUCUGCCUCAGAUUUAAGCCUCUUCUUUGCUUCCUUUUUAAGUAUCUUCUUCAUCUUCCUCUCCAGAACUCGUUUCUCCUCGGGGCUCAAGUCCUCCUCUCCCUCCAGCUCAUGUGUCUGUCAAACCAAAGCAAAACAAAGGCUCAUGUGAGUUAUUGAUAAUUAACAAACCUUCCUUAGCAGAUCCAUAUCAUUUUCUGCAUUUCCAUAAAAACCAUUAUCCAAGAAAAAUGUUAGAACAAUAAUGUCCCUUUUGUGUACUGAUCAGACAUUUCCUUUUUUUCAGAAAUGUAUGGUUUUCUGAGUCAAUGCAGUGAUAAUGCCUUGACCUUUUUUUGUGCAACAGUGUAAAGUGAAAGCUGAGGCAAUUUGAGAUUGAAUCACUUCCUGUAGCGCUGCAGCUCAGAGGAACGGUGUUUCCUGUGUCUGCAGGUCAGCUUUGCAUUUGAAGCACACACUUGUACUGUUUAAAAACCAACCACCACCACCUUUGAAGUGAAUUUUGUAUCAAAACAUCUGUGCAGAGUAUUUUGCUUUUUUAAACUAACUAGAAUGGAAAAUAAAGAAGCAAAAUAGAGCUAUUUUGCUUUGGUAACCACAGCGCAACUUAAAGACUGCAUUUAACUCAGGGGAAGUUGAACAAGGGACACAGUAUGUUCCGAUUUAACAGACCUCAGUCUGCAGAGUGAUGAAGAAAAAAAAGAGGGAGGGGGGAAUAAGAUUUGAUCACAUGGCCACGAAGUCAUUCUGAAAGUAUGCUGGCAGAGUAUUACCCACAGAAAUAUAAAAAGUCCUUCACAGUUAGCGUCCGUGUCCAUGCAACGAGCAUCAUUUUCAGAGCUUUGAGUCAAUCAGACUUUUUUUAGGUGGAUACGAAACAGAAGACGAGUGGGUGAAGAAAGCAAAAAUGUCUAAUAACAGCGUCUUUGAGAGUAUUGAAGCCAAUACCAUUACCUCCAGGGCAAACUAUGUCUACAGUUUCUUGGCAGGGUUGGGCUUCAUCGCAGGCUGCUUCCUGCUCUACAGCUUCAUCCAGACCUACAGAGCCCAAAGACGGUUGGCUUGGCUCGACUGCCUGCUCUGGGCCUUUUGUGUCCUCCAGCUGCUCCUGCUGCUUCUCUCUCUCCACGCAGUGGCCUAUAGACCGAAGUACCUGCAUACCACAGGUUUGGGCUGUGCUGCUCUCUCCUUCACCAUCAACACAGCCUCUCUGUGCAGUCUGUUGGUCUUGGUGCUCAUGGCUUAUGUUCUAACCCUCGAUCCGCCAUCCCACGCACUGCUGAGGAAGCCUCGAGUCUGUGCGGCUCUGGUGAUCCUGACUUCUAUCCUGAUUUCUCUACUGCUGGCUGGGCUUCGUGGACCCAGAAAUAUUCUGCAGGAAAAAUGCAGCUGUGUUAUGGAUCCAGUCCAUGCUGGUGUGUCAUAUGCAGCGGCUCGGUUGUGCCUGGCCUUUUUGAUCCCCUACGUCCUCCAACUGGGUCUUCUGAUCGGUGGCUGCGUCCGGCAGUGGAAAUCCAAAGGACGUUUCCUCUCCGGUUCCGAGGAGGGUCCCGUGUUCCUGACAGUCACAUUGGUCAUGUUCUUCUGCCAGCUCUUCUACAGCGUGGCGCUGGUGAGAGGAGCACUGCUACAACAACAACAAGCAGACCCCGAGAAGAAGUUGCCGAGGGAACAAGCGUUUCUGAGUGUGGCUGAGUUUGUACUGUUCUCAGGGAGCAGCGUCAGCCUCCUGCUCGUGCUGCUAAUGCACAGGCCGUGUCGAGUGAGUCUCCACGGGGUGUUUAGGCAGCUGAGGGACUGCUGUCGAAGCCCGGGGCGCACACAGCAACACAGAAACAUCAUAGCGCCCCACAUCGAGAUCACAGACACUCUGCAGGACAUAGAGUCAUAGAGGAUUAAGACUCGCUCUCAAAGGAGAGCAGAACUCUUCUGAUGCAUCGCAAUUAAGACUUUUGACAUCUGAUGUUCUGGAGAUAUUCCUAAUGUUUUUAAUGCUUCUUUUUCAUUUCAGUGACAAUUAAUGUUUUUAAAUGCGUGUAUUCUCCUUUUUAUAGUCUCCAGAGUUUGCAAUACUUUUUUCCCCAAAAGAUGUGUGGUCGAUGUACAUCUUACAGUUCUUGGUCAUUUUGCAAUAAUAAUAUUUUUAGAGUUUCCAUACAUUAACUAUGUUUGAUACCAUUAAACAAGAACUUACUGUU